AUGGGCCAGGCAUGUGGAAACUCCUUCUUGUGCCGUAGUCAGCAGUUCCAGCCAUCAACAACAGCAGAGAUGGGAGGGGGACGGCAGGUGUUCCCACCGGUGGAGGAGAGAGGGCCAUAUUCAAACUCCGUACAGUAUGCAUUGCUCCAACUGGCCUCAGUCACAGACUCCUCUUCCCUGCAGGAUGCCAUCAGAGAGGCUCUCCAGACUGUCUUUUAUGAAGUGGACAGUGUAUACGUCUAUCUAUUGGAUGCAGAGACAGGACGCUUGUGGUGUGAAGAACCACCCCAUGAGCUACCGAAGGAGGGAGAUCUAAGGGAUGUGGUUGUCCAGCAGAGGAGAGUACAGUGUGAAGGACUUCCUUCCUCAGAGCUUCUGGAGCAACAGAGAGAGAGACUAAAAGAGCCACUGCAGCAGGACAAAAGAGUGUUGAUCAUUCCAAUCCUGGACCAGGGUGUAACUACCGCCCUCCUCUUGGUUUGCUGUACACAGCCCACUAAAGCUCAGGAACAAAGCCUUGAUGUACUGGAGAGACAUGUCACCAUAGCCUGUAAGAGAGUCCAGGCCCUGCAGGGUCAAAGGCUCACCCAGGGGUUAGAGGUCAACAGGAAAUCAUAUCUAUCCCUGACCAGGAGGACCACACCUGAUGUGGACUACAGUGCACUGGACCAUCAGAUCCUGAGGCUUUGUGGAGAGCUGUAUGACCUGGACGCUGCCACCCUCCAACUAAAAGUAAUCCGUUAUCUGGAGGCGCAGACUCAUUCAUUGUGCUGCUGUUUACUUCUGGUAUCAGAGGAUAACCAACAGCUGUUCUGUCAGGUAGUUGGAGACAAGGUUCUGAAGGCGGAGAUCAGUUUCCCUCUGACAUUUGGCAACCUUGGUCAGGCUGUGGAGAAGAGGAAGAGCAUCUCCCUGCAAGACGUCACUCAAAAGGAACACCAGCAGCUGAACAGCACUCUGGGAUUUGAAGUUCUCUCCAUGCUGUGUGUUCCUGUUGAGUGUCGGGCCACCACCAAGGUUGUGGCCCUUGCCUGUGCCUUCAACAAAAAAGGAGCAGACAGACACACAGAAGUGGAUGAACACAUUGUGCAGCACUGUUUCUGCUACACUUCCUCAGUACUGACCAGCACAUUGGCAUUCCAAAAGGAACAGAGACUCAAGUAUGAAUGCCAGGCACUGCUUCAGGUCGCCAAAAACCUUUUCACACACCUGGAUGAUGUAUCAGUCCUGCUAAAAGAGAUCAUUGCAGAAGCACGGAGUCUCACCAGUGCAGAAAUUUGUUCUGUGUUCCUGUUGGACAGUGUCAGUCAUGAGCUGGUUGCCAAGGUGUUUGAUGGAGGAGUGGUUAUCAAUGAGGAAACAGAGCUGCGUAUCCCUGCUGACCAGGGCAUAGCAGGCCAUGUCGCCACCACAGGGAAGAUCCUCAACAUCACAGAUGCCUACUCCCACCCUCUCUUCUACCGCGCCGUGGACGACAGCACAGGCUUUAGGACACGCAACAUCCUCUGCUUCCCCAUAAAGGACGAACACGGAGAAGUGAUUGGCGUGGCUGAGCUGGUCAACAAGACUAAUGGACCAUGGUUCACCCGCCUUGAUGAGGACUUGGCCACAGCCUUCUCCAUAUACUGUGGCAUCAGCAUCGCUCAUUCCCUCCUGUACAAGAGAGUCGACGAAGCCCAGUUUAGGAGUCAGCUGGCUAAUGAGAUGAUGAAGUACCACAUGAUGGUGUCAGAGGAGGAAGUGACCCGGCUACUGACUGUGGGAAUCCAGCCUGUAGGGGAAAUCUAUCCCAGCUUCUCCAGCUUCACCUACACACCUCGCUCCCUGUCAGAUGACAGCACACCCACGGCCAUUAUCAGCAUGUUUGAGGACAUGGGCUUCAUAAACACCUACAAGAUCAACAUGCACACGCUGGCCAGGUUCUGUCUGAUGGUGAAGAGAGGCUACAGGGAUCCUCCAUAUCACAACUGGAUGCACGCGUUCUCAGUCUCUCAUUUCUGCUACCUCCUCUGCAAGAACCUGGAGCUCUCCAACUACCUAGAGGACAUCGAGAUGUUUGCUCUUUUUGUGUCCUGCAUGUGUCAUGACUUGGACCACAGAGGGACCAACAACUCCUUCCAGGUGGCAUCGAAAUCUGUGUUGGCUGGCCUGUAUAGUUCUGAGGGAUCUGUGCUGGAGAGGCACCACUUUGCUCAGACGAUUGCCAUACUCAACACCCAGGGCUGCAACAUCUAUGAAAAGUUAUCUAGAAAGGACUACCAGAGGAUGCUUGACCUGAUGAGGGACAUCAUCCUAGCCACAGACUUGGCUCAUCACCUACGGAUCCUGAAGGAUCUGCAGAAAAUGGCAGACGUGGGCUACGACACCAAAGACCCUCAGCACCAUAACCUGCUACUGUGCCUGAUCAUGACCUCCUGUGACCUCUCUGACCAGACCAAGGACUGGAAGACCACCUGGAAGAUCGCAGGACUUAUUUACAAGGAAUUCUUUUCUCAAGGAGAUCUGGAGAAGGCUAUGGGGAACCGUCCCAGUGAGAUGAUGGACAGGGAGAAGGCCUACAUCCCAGAGCUGCAGACAAGCUUCAUGGAGCACAUAGCCAUGCCCAUCUAUAAACUCCUCCAGGACCUGUUCCCCAGGUCGGCAGAGCUGUAUGAAACCGUGGCUAGCAACAGAGAACAGUGGGGUAGGGUCUCUCACAAGCUCAACAUCAAGCGGUGGCCCGGCAACGAUUCUCUGGACUACCUAGAUGCAGAGUUUGAACAGCUACAGGUUGAGCAGAACGGACAGAUGGAACAGGAAGGACAGGACAGGCAGACAGGGCAGGAAAUGGACGAUGAGACCAAUGGUAGCCCUCCAGCCCAGCCCUAGGCCACAGCAAGACAACCAAGAGUCUUGGAGAA